UCAGUGACAUGUGGGGCACAACACUCCGCACAGUCCACGUCCUGCUUUAAGAAGCAUGGGAAGCCAGCGUUGAGCUGUGAGAGAGCACUAAGCCAAAUCCUCCACCAUCAUCAUCAUGUUUUCAUCCUUGCAGGGGGAGGGAGGGUUGACUACGAGGCAAAGUGGGGGGGAGAGACAGACACACACGAGGCCUAGUCGCCACAUCUUUUCAUGCGGAGAAGCUGAGCCGCUAAACCAGCCGUUUUUGGGUUCCCAAAAAAACUCCGGCCCGGGCCUCAGUCCGCGGUCUAGAGUUUGAUAUCGGGCUGUUAGAGACGGAAGCACGUCGGCUUGUAGCUGUCAGUCAGCCCCUGUGCCCCAACCACCAUCAUGGGAGACAGCAGAGAUUCCCACAGCCCAGACAGUUCGUCUGUGUCCUCCCCACCUUCGGGCCAGCGCUCCCCUCCGCUGGUUCCCUCAGCUGCAGCUUCCAUGACCUCCCUUCCUCCCAUCACCACUGCCGGGGUCAAUAGCCCCAUCAGCAGCAUUGGUUCCCCCUUUUCUGUUAUCAGCUCUUCACUGGGGUCUCCCUGCCUACCUGGCACACCGUCAGUGGGUUACGGCCCAAUUAGCAGCCCCCAGAUCAACUCAACAGUGUCUAUGUCGGGGCUUCAUGCAGUGAGCAGCUCCGAUGAUGUGAAACCUCCACUGGGCUUGAAACAGCUGUCAUCUCACAGCCCUGGGCCGAUGCUUUCCCAGAAACGUCUUUGUUCCAUCUGUGGAGAUAGAUCCUCUGGUAAGCAUUAUGGAGUCUACAGCUGUGAGGGCUGCAAAGGUUUCUUCAAAAGAACUGUGCGAAAAGACUUGACCUACACCUGUCGGGACAAUAAAGACUGUAUUGUGGAUAAGAGACAGAGGAAUCGCUGCCAGUACUGCCGCUAUCAGAAGUGCCUGGCCAUGGGCAUGAAGAGAGAAGUGGCCAAGAUGAACGACAGAUCUGUCCAAGAGGAGCGGCAGAGGAACAAGGAUAGAGAUGGUGACGUGGAGUCGACCAGUGCAGUCAACGAGGAGAUGCCAGUAGAGAAGAUUUUGGAAGCAGAGAUGGCUGUAGAGCAGAAGACAGAGCUGCAUGCAGAUGGAAGUUCAGGCGGCAGCUCUCCCAACGAUCCAGUCACCAACAUCUGCCAAGCAGCAGACAAGCAGCUCUUCACGCUGGUGGAGUGGGCCAAGAGGAUCCCUCAUUUCUCAGAGCUGCCCCUGGAUGACCAGGUCAUCUUGCUACGUGCAGGCUGGAAUGAGCUCCUGAUUGCAUCGUUCUCCCAUCGCUCCAUCUCGGUGAAGGACGGGAUUUUACUUGCCACAGGCCUGCAUGUCCACAGGAACAGUGCCCACAGUGCAGGUGUUGGAGCUAUCUUUGACAGGGCGCACAAUGCCGAGGUUGGGGCCAUAUUUGACAGGGUUUUGACAGAGCUUGUUAGUAAAAUGAGAGACAUGCAAAUGGACAAGACAGAGCUGGGCUGCCUUCGAGCAAUCAUUCUCUUCAAUCCAGAUGCUAAGGGUUUGUCCAACUCCAGUGAGGUGGAGCUCCUAAGAGAGAGGGUGUACGCAUCUCUGGAGUCUUACUGCAAACAGAAAUAUCCCGAUCAGCAGGGAAGGUUUGCAAAGCUCCUCCUCCGGCUCCCGGCACUGCGCUCCAUCGGUCUGAAGUGCCUGGAGCACUUGUUCUUCUUUAAACUGAUUGGUGAUACGCCCAUUGACACCUUCCUGAUGGAGAUGCUAGAGGCGCCUCACCAGCUCACCUAGAGGAGGAGCCAGCUUUGUUCCGGUCAGGAUCCAGUGCACACCAGGAUUACCAACACGACCCCUCUGUUGGGUCAUUGGCUCUUCUUGUUCUUCCUCACUUAACUGCAGCACCUGCUGGUGGACACACAAAAACACACAUUCACCCUGGCUAAUUGUCUACACACACACGCAUGCAGAUACCUUAAAUUGCAACCAUGGAUUGACCUAUGAUGUAACUAAUACACAGAUAAUAUGGCUGUGAAAAUAAGUUUCCUAAUACUGAGACACACAGAUUUUCACUUGUUUUCCCAUAUCCAGUUUUCCUCCAUAGGGGUUAUGACUCAAGGAAUACAUGCCCUUUUUAUCUUAUAUAUACAGUAAAUGUCUUAAUUUUAAGUUAGCCUUCCGUUUUCCCAUCUUCAACUCACAGUGGGUUUUUGCUUCUGUGUAACUGGUGUACCUCCCCUGUUUUUACUUGGGUUACUGCCAGUUGCACCUCUGCAUAUUAUAUCCAUCACUAGCCGGUUAGUUAUUCAUGUUUGAUUUGAGCUUGAAAUCAGGUGCAUAGCAUUUCAAUCAACUGUCCAUCAUCAAAAGUUUUUUUUUUUUUGUUUUUUUGUCAGGAGGUGCCCUGUAAUGGACAGGCAGAAACACCCUCCCAACGAGCUCAUCCAAUCUUGUAAAAAUUGAAAUGUUUAAUGCUUUUUGUUCAUGCUGAAACUUGUUUAAGUUUCUAUUUUGAAGUACUGUACUCAUGAAAUGAGAGCUUUUUCCAAGGCUUUGAAAUCCAGGAAAAAGGGGGCUGGGAGGACUUUGAACAGCCAAACAUGGUCCUCCCCGCCCUGGUGCGCACAGUGGGCUUUGUAAGAAGAAUGACUUGAAUUUAUUUUCUUUUUCUUUUCUUUUUAAGUUUUAUUUUAUCCUUUUCUCUACUUUGGCAGAUGGUUUAAACAGCUUGAGGCUCACAGGAAGUACAGCUUCAUGCAAAAAAAAAAAAAGAGUAUUCAUUUAACUUCCCAUUCAUUUAACGGCUCCUCUUGCUGGUGGUCAUUUUUAUGCACUUUUGUGAAUUGUAACUGUGUAAAUGUUUCUGUUUCCUAGAAAUGACCAUCUCAGACAUCUAAGAUGAACUUGAAGGUACUAAGUGUAGGAUUUUCUUAUUGUUGUGUUAUUUUCAAAUCCCAUGUGGUGAUUUGUUAUAAAAAUUCAGUCACGUCCUGAACAAAUAAUAAUCAGAUUGGAUGUUGGAUUGGAUGCUAACCUCAAAUAUACUGACUAUAUUACCGUUACUGUCUUGACACGCAGCACAGUUGAACAUCUCCAUUUGUUACGGGUUUUUUGGGGGUUUUUUUUUUGGUUUUUUUAAAGGCAAAAAUAUUUUUUUAAUCGAUUGUGUGUUGAACACAAAAGAGGAAGAUUUGAAUUUCUCCCUGAGCAGUUCUGCAUGUAACUGAACGGUCUGUCUAAACUGAGUGGCCUGCAGCUCAGGGAGACUCUUCAGUAAAUUACCCAGCAGUUAUUGUAGUUUGAGAGGCAUGCUGUGCUGCACCCAUACUCUCUGUUAAAGCAGGGUUUGUGCAAUACAAAAGCAGCAGCUGAGAUUUGCAUAAUUUGUCCAUUGGCAUAAUUUUGCAGCCCACAGCUCGUUAUAGAUCUCGUGUUGAGGAUGGAGAUCGGUGAAGAUGCCCCCAUGUUUACAAAGAUCCUCGUGUAUGUCAUGUUUCUCCUGGAAUUAACUUGUGAUUAUAUGUAAUGGAAAUCCUACACCUACUACCUACUCUUUCAAAACUUUAUUCACUGUGUGUGGGCUCGGUGCUUGCAACCUUUUGUACAGUAGAUGUAAAUAAUAGAAAAAAUGGAGUCAUGUGAAAACAAAGGCCUGUUCACACUUGAGAACGUCAAAGAUGUGGCUCCACCAAACAAAUUAUAAAGCUCUAUUUUUAGCUGUUGAAUCAACAUUGGACUGGAUUCCCAUGUGACAACCAUUAAACCUUCACCAUUGAACCUUUUGGAGCCCAGGGCCAAACCACACCUCAAUGCUGCUUUUGCACCAACUUCUGCCAAUGUUUCCUGUAGUUCUUGGUAAUUGGUUGGCUGGAUUUUGUUGACAAUGGCACUUGACAUUUACUGUGAUUGAAAUUUGUGAGCAACUGAAUCUGAGAAUUACAGUGAAAAGUCAAAUGCAGCUACCACACGAUCAGGAGAUAAUAAAACUAUGAAUUAAACCGUCUACACGUGCUCAAAGGCGAGCAAUACUGGGGUACACAUAAAGAUUUGCUGCCAUUUUUGUUAGUAUUUAAGAGUGUUGACAUUCUGAAGUAUAUUUAGCCUUCUUUUUAGUCACCACAUUGAAUAGAAAUUAGAUACACAUUUUGCAGUAUCAUUCUACAGGGAAGAGGCACAAGUGUCCUCUACCAGGUGCUAAAUAACGAAUACGGUCUUUUCAUUUAAGACUUGCACAUUUACAUCAAUGCAAUUACAGUAUGCAAGUACACAGACAAAUCAGACAGCUGUUCUCCACUCUAGCUUAAAACUGAAUCUCCCUCUUGAAGUUUUCUUUUUUAUUUUUUUUUAAGACCCCGGCCUUUAUUUUAGUCUCCUUACUUUGGAAAAUGAAUACCAGCAAAGUGCUUGUACUUGUUGGCUGUGGCUGAUAAGGCUCUGUGCUCUACCAGUCACAGCCAGAGUUAGUUUGUUUUGUAAUUGUAGGAAGCAGUUUGCCUGGUGGAAGCAGUGGAAGUAGCUGUUGAAUUUUGGGGUCCGCCAGCUACCAGAAUGAGCAAAGAGCUUCCCGCCCUGCAAAUAGUCCAAAUACUACUUCUCAGAGAGGAUCCACGGCCUCCCCCAUGUGAUGUGGACAUAGAGGCUGGCAGUUGACCUGUAAAACAGGUGUUGUGUUUAACAUAUAAGUUGGUCUAACCUUAGAGUUUGGUUUUGUUUCACUUCUUCUUUUUCCUUGCAUACAAACGAUCAACUCAACAAAGUAGUCUCCAGAUGUCCAUUAAUUUCCUACAUGCAGAGAAAGCUCAUUCUCUUAUGCACCAUUGCUGACUCGUGUUAUGUAUUAGCAAGCAAAGCGAGAUGGUGAUAAGCUCAUGAUUUAGGUGAGAUGCACGAGCAUCUACCAGCAUUCUUGUACUGUAUAAGCUGUAGUAUGGUCUCAGUGCUUUAGUGACUUGAGGUGGUUCAGAUGAAAUAAUAGAGACUUGAGUGAUUCUGCAGCCAUUGAGCUUUGAAAUCUGUGGUCUGGACACAGGUUUGGUUAUCCUGAGACAGUUGGGCUGUGGAUUAGGUUUUACCUUAAACAAGCUUUUUUUUUUUCCUCAGUGUGCCGCUCAGAGAGUAUGCCGACUUCAGGAUGUGUGAUGGUGUGAAUAAUCUCCUCUUCUGGUUGGUUGAUAUCCUUGAAACUUUCUCUGCAGGAUUUUAGCUUUGGAGCUUCCUCUGUUGAAUGUUUAAGCCUGCUGCUACUGCACUGUGUUUAUACCUUGGGAUGGGAAUCAUUAUACAGCCAGUCACAGUGCUGCAGGGUUCACUAGCUGACAUUAAGUACUAGACACACAUGCAGAGUUGACUGAACGGAUGCCGAUUUCUGUUGGCGAUUCUUCAAAAGUCAAAAUAUGCAACUUGUAUACUCAUUGUGGUUCAACUUGUCAUGCAAUAUAUCUGUUGUGUUUCUGGCAUUAGUUCAUUUUAGCUUAGUCUGUUACAUAACUUAAUAUUAAUUGGCAGUAAAAUCAUUUAGGUAUUCCCAUCCCUCCAUAUAACAGCAAUGUAUUUAAGUUGUGCUAUGCUAUUUUUUCUUUUUAGAUUCCUUUACUUUUUGCUAUGAGCUUAGCAUUUAGAAGACUAUAAACAGAAACAGUAAAACGGCGAUACAGUCGUUGCAGGUUUUACGUGCUAAGGCGUUUCAAGCUUUCAGGCUGACUGUCCUGGCAAAAGCUGGUGGUUGGUUGGGUGUUUUUGUUUUUCAGCUUUUGUUUUAAGGUAUGUGUGUAAGGUUUUAUGCACAUGUGUAUGGAAUCUUCUGCAGCUGCGCCUUUUGACUGGCAGAAACUGUAGCUUUGGCUGUGACUUGCUGAGCGCUGUUAAAUAAAUUAGUUGCGUGAAAUAAUAAAAUGGUGCAGGAAAGGCAGCCAGGCUGGAGGGGUGAUGAACUCGCUCAUUGGCCCGAUCUGUCAGUACAGCCCAGCCUCCUUCCUGUACUGCCCCAUCUCCACUGCCUUUUUUUUUUUUUUUUUAACUUAACAUUCAGUCACCCACGUGGGCUGAAAAUUGUCGGGCUUUCCAUCUGAAUGGACUCGGACCGUUUGAAAAGGAUGUGAAGCUUAUCGUGGGACAAAGUGUAGGAGAGCUAUGGCGAAGGGAUCCCAUGGUGUGUGUCCCUCUUUGCUUACUGUACUUGACGGCAGAGCUGCGGCGAUCUGUGGUCUCCACCGAGGGGCCUCGGGAUUGCGCCGCACCGCCAAAAAUGUUUGUCGUUGCAACCUUGUGCACUCAAGGCAGACGCAUGCUGUGACCUUUUGACUGUGUAGCAGUAUUGUUGUCGCCAUCUUUGUUACAUUUUGAAAUGACUCUCUUUUGAGAAUAAAGACAUUGAUUAUAAAUAUGCUUUUUUUUUUCCCCCCCUGCGGGCUGUGACUGAAGAUUUGAUCACCGUGUCUGAUUGGACGUUUUAACCCAGGCGCCAAGGCCCCUCCUGUUUGAUCAGUGAGUGCUAAAGAGUGUGCUGUGCAGCCUCAAAACCGCCACCACCUUCACUGGUUUAUUUAUCACUGCCAAGCUGUUUGCAGCCAUUUUUAAAUGCAGGGCCACUCAGUCCCCAGCGCUUGUCUGUCAUGUCAUAUGUUGUGAUCGUGCAGAAUGUGCGCUCACCUCGGCCUGUCUGAUGCUUACUAACGGGGGCCCUAAUAGGAGUUGAAUGAUAGCACGUGUGGAGAGGGGACGUGCUGGUCACAGGAGAGAGUGGAUCAGUGUUGUGGACCCCUCUGGGUGCUCAAGCUGUGCAUUGGUGCUUAAUAGCCUGAAAAGAUCUGCUUUGGUUUAUGAAGGAGAGGGGAAUGCAUCGAUGAGUGAAAUUAGGAUAAGGAACGAUUUAAGAGGGCUAGCCUAGCCUAGUCCUGCACCUGCUCUUCUUAAGCUGGGUUUGGUUUGGUAUUUUUGCCGCUGGGUGUUACCUGUCUGGCUAAAAGUAGAUGUUUGAAAAGCUUUUCAGAGCUUAGAUUAUGAGGGAGAAAAUAUGGUUCUAACUUUAGAGAAAACAGUGCAUAGCCCACUAAAAUGCAUAGGUGUGGUGAGCAGGAUCUGGUUGCAUUAACUUGAUAGGAAGGAUCAGCUGAACUGGAUUUCUCCGCUGAAGGAGAAGGUGGUUGUGUUUGAGGUUGGAGGAACCGCGAAGAGUAGGUCAGAGAGCCGAGGAGGGAGGAGAAGAAGGGCAGGGACUUAAAGAACUCAGAUCAGGUGUUCGGUUGUUGAUCAAGAAGAAAAGCAGGAAAACUAUUUUCCAGUAGAUCUAGAAUCUUCCUUAAUUGUUUACUCUUCACUUUAAAAACUUCACACACAGUUUCUUUGUCUCGUUUCUUGUAUCAGUCUUUUCAAUCUAUGCUAUUCAUCUUUUGUUUAUUACAAAGUAUUAAACAAAUACGAGAAGUGUAAAAUCAGAAUGGAAGAAUCUGUCACUCGUUAUUAAUUUCUCUCUUUCUCUUGUGUCUGUUCGUUGUCCUGUUUGUAUCUUACUCCAUCGUACAUGUGGAGCUGAUUGACUAUUGUGUGCUUUGGGGAUUGAAAGAAGAAAAAAAAAAAGAAACUUUUUUUUCAGUCAUUAAUUCUGAAUCUCGUUUCUGUUUGUUGUAUCAUGAGUAA